AUGAGGUUGCGCGCUCUCGCACUGCCGCUGCUGGUCGCCUGGAUGCUCGUGUCCGGGUACGGGGCCAAACGGCGGGGGGCGGCGGGGCGGGCCCACCGGGGGCAGCGUGGCCACUGCAGCUUCACCUUCCUGCUGCCCGGCGUUGAAGCGUGCGGGGCGGCCGACGGGCCCGGCGCCAACUCCCUGCAACGGGACGCCGUGACUGGCAAGGCAGACAGCUCGGCGCAGACCCUCCGGCGGCUGGAGACGGCAACAGGGAACAACACGCAGUGGCUGCAGAAGCUUGAAAGUUACCUGCAGGACAGCAUCCAGCCGGAGAUGGUUCAGCUACAACAGAGCGUGGUACGCAAGCACACAGUGACCAUGCUGGAGAUCAGUUCCAACCUGCUGAGUCAGACGGUGGAGCAGACGCGCAAGCUGACUGACAUUGAAGCACAGGUUUUGAACCAGACAUCAAGCAUGGAGAUUCGGCUCUGGGAGAACUCCCUCUCCACCAACAAGCUGGAGAAGCAGCUGAUAGUCCAAACUAACGAGAUCAGCAAAAUGCAAGAGUGGAAUCGCCUUUUAGAGAGGAAGGUGUUUGACCUGGAGGCCAGGCAUCAGAGUGAGGUGAGCGCCAUCAAGAGGGAGAGGGAGCUUCUACAGCAGCUCCUGGCCCAGCAGGUCAGCGCCGUACGGGAGCUGGAGUCACGGUUGCAAGAGGCCAGCAGCAGCACCAAUGGCCUCCAGCACCAGCAGCUGCUGCUCGAGGACAACAUCCAGCACCUUGUCACCCUGGUCUCCCAGGGCAAAGCAGCAGCCGAGAAGAAAGAUGAGAAAAUCUACAGAGACUGUGCAGAGGCCUCAGCAUCUGGUGCCAAUGUGAAUGGCGUUUACACCAUCCGUAUAGAGAACACAACAGAGCUCCGGAAGGUUUACUGUGACAUGGAGACGAGUGGAGGGGGGUGGACAGUGAUACAGAGGAGAUUUAAUGGCAGCCUUGACUUCCAGAGAAACUGGAAGGAAUACAAACUGGGCUUCGGGGACAUCUCAGCUGAGCACUGGCUGGGGAAUGAAGCGAUCUACCUGCUGACUAGCCAGCAGCCACAUUCCUUACGGAUUGAGCUAAGAGACUGGGAUGAAAACCAAGCCUACGCCUUGUACGAGAAGUUCCACUUGAGCAGUGAGAGGCAGAAAUACAGGCUGUACCUGAGGGGCUACAGUGGGACGGCGGGGGAGCAGAGCAGCAUGACUGCGCGUGGUGUCCGCUUCAGCACCCGCGACGCAGACAACGACAACUGCCGCUGCAAGUGUGCACUGUUGCUGACCGGAGGCUGGUGGUUUGACGCCUGUGGUCUGUCCAAUCUCAACGGGAUGUACUACCCAGCCCGCAAUCACCUACGGAAGCUGAACGGCAUCAAGUGGCAUUACUUCAGAAGCACCAGUUACUCCCUGCGGGCCAGCACCAUGAUGAUCCGGCCCUCAGACUUCUGAUGGGACGUGUGGGGCUGGCACAGAGCCCAGGUCAAGGGUGCCCAACGACAACAUUCUCUGGACGUGGGCAUGGGGACGAUGGGUGGGGAGCAAUGGCAGAUAGAGGAAGGGUGUGUGCAACUGGUCACCAGUACUUGUCCAUGGGGAUUGCUGGUCUUUGUCCUUAGUGCUGGUGACCCUCUAGGUCGGUGAGUCCCAGGGUCAAAGCCUAGGUCGAGGCUUGGAGGUCUAAGCCCUGUGAUCAGUAACUCCGGGAGUUGAUACCCAGAAGUCAGCAAAAUCAGAGGUCGAAGUCCAUGGAUUUCUGGUUGACUUGGACUCUGAUCAUCUGCUCCUGUCCCAGACUCUUCAUUUAUUGCCCCGACCUCUAACUCACCCUCAUCCCUGUCCCUAAAUGCUAACCUGCCCCCUAACUCCCUGUGCUGCCCCCAAAACCAUCAUGACAAACGUAAAAAUUGAAAUCUGAGCUGCAACCUCAACAGACAUGGCAGCUUGCCGCCCUCUUGAAAUGCUUCACACCUCUGUUUGAAAAGACUUCAAUCUAAUCUUGUAAUGGUUCAGAGACGUCUUGAGGAAGGAGAUAUCAGACAGAUCUUUUCAGUAAACGGUGUACUUAGAAGUUCAAAGGUGGUAAAGAUUUUACAAAUCACCUCCAGAGGAUGCUGUGCAGUUGAACUAACAUUUGCUGGAGGAUUUGUAAAGGAAUGAUUGUUAUUGAACUGUUAUGAGCGUUAUUAAGCAUGUGUCUUCUUCUUUUAAGAUCCACUUAAUCAUACAAAUGUGUGCAAGGUAUUCACAACCAAUGAAUCACUUGUUAAUUUAAAAUGUCAGCCGUCUCUGACCAUUGCUGGAGUGGACUUGGAGGCGAUUCCAAUGUUUGGCCUAUUUAAGUGCCAGGCCAAAUUGAAAAUAUCAGGUUGUCAGGGUCAAAGGUGAGGGACGGGCGGUUCAGCUUGCAGCUCCAAAAGGUUUUCGCAACUCUGCGCAGAAUUGAGGCUGCGGCCUACAACUAACAGCUCCUGAAUCAGCUGCUGGCAUUGUGUCUGUGGACUCACUGUCGUAAACUUCAGUUCUGAAUGCCAUUUGCUUACUUUUAUUGUUUGCAUGAUUUGCUUUCCUUUCUCUACACAUUGGGUGUUUGACGGUCUUUUUUUAAUGGGUUCCAUUGGGUUUCUUUGUUUUAGACCACAAGGUCAUAAGAUAUUGGAGCAGAAAUAGGCUAUUUGGCCCAUCAAGUCUGCUCUGCCAUUUAAUCCUGGCUGAUCCAAUUUUCCUCUCAGCCCCAAUUUGCUGCCUUCUCCCUAUAUCCUUUCAUGCCCUGACUAAUCAAGAAUCUAUCAGCCUCUGCCUUAAAUACACAUAAAGACUUGGCCUUCACAGCUGCCUGUGGCCACAAAUUCCACAGACUCGCCAUUCUCUGACUAAAGAAUUUCCUCCUCAACUCCAUUCUAAGAGGACGUCCUUGUAUCCUGAGGCUGUGCCCUCUGGUCUUAGACUACCCCACAUUGAAAAUGUCCUCUUCACAUCCACUCUAUUGGGGCCUUUCAACAUUCGAUAGGUUUCAAUGAUGAGUAUAGGCCGAGAGCCUUUCAAUCCUGAAAUCAUUUUUGUGAACCUCCUUUGAACCCUCUCCAAUGUCAGCUCACCCUUUCUCCAAUAAGGGACACAAAACAGCUUACAAUACUCCAAGUGAAGUCUCACCAGUGCAUAAUGAAGCCUCAAUAUUACCUCCUUGCUUUUAUAUUCCAGCCUUCUUGAAAUAAAUGGAAACAUCACAUUUGCCUUUCUCACCACCAACUCAAAUCUGCAAAUCAACCUUUGGGGAAUCCUGCACAAGGUUUCUCAAAUCCCUUUGCACCUCAGAUUUUUGAACUUUCUCUCUAUUUGGAAAAUAGACUACCCUUUUAUUUCUUCUACUAAAGUAUAUGACCAUACACUUCCCAACACUGUAUUCCAUUUGCCACUUCUUUGCCCAUUUUCCUAAUUGGUCUAAGUCCUUCUGUAGCCGCUCUACUUCCUCAACUAUCUGUCCCUUCAUCUAUCUUUGUAUCGUCCACAAACUUUGCCACAUAUAACAUAAAAUGAGUCCGUCCUAGCACAGAUCCCUGUAGAACACCACUAGUUGCCAGCAGCCAACCAGAAAAGGCCCCUUAGUCCCACUCUUUGCCUCCAGACAAUCAGCCACUGCUUUAUCUAUGUUAGAAUCUCUCCUGUACUACUAUGGGCUCUUGGCUUGUUAGCAGCCUCAUGUGUGGCACCUUGUCAAAGACCUUCUGAUGCUCAACAUCAACCAAUUCUCCUUUGUCUAUCCUGCUUGUUACUUUUUCAAAGAAUUGCAACAGAUUUGUCAAGCAAGAUUUUCCCUUGAAGAAACCAUGCUGACUGCAGCCUGUUUUAUCAUGUGCCUCCAAGUACCCCGAAAUCACAAUCCUUCACUUCUCUCCCCUGUCUCAAUCUCUCGGUCUCCAUCUCUGGAGACAGACUGUCCACUGACAUCUUCUACAAGCCCAAUGACUCUCAUAACUACCUCGACUAUACCUCUUCCCACCCCGCCACAUGCAAAAAUGCCAUUCCCUAUUCCCAGUUCCUCCGUCUCCGCCGCAUCUGCUCCCAGGAUGAGGCUUUCCGUUCCAGGACAUCUCAAAUGUCCUCUUUCUUUAAGGAUCAUGGUUUCCCUUCUACCAUCAUCAACGAUGCACUCACCCGCAUCUCCUCCAUUUCCCGCACUUUGGCCUUCACCCCAUCCUCCCGCAACAACAACAGGGACAGAGUUCCCCUUGUCCUCACCUACCACCCCACUAGCCUCCGGAUCCAACACAUUAUCCUCCGCAACUUCCGCCACCUUCAACAGGACCCCACCACUAAGCACAUCUUUCCCUUUCCACCCCUCUCCACUUUCCACAGGAAUCGGUCCCUCCGCGACUCCCUUAUCCGCACAUCCAUCCCCACGGAUCUCCCACCCGGCACUUACCCCUGUAAGUGUCAGUGCUACACCUCCUCUCUUGUCACCAUUCAGGGCCCCAAACAGUCCUUCCAGGUGAAGCAACACUUCACUUGUGAGUCUGUUGGGGUCAUCUAUUGCAUCUGGUGCUCCAGGUGUGGCCUCCUCUACAUCGGUGAAACCAGACGCAGAUUAGGGGACCGCUUCGUCGAGCACCUCCACUCCGUCUGCUACAACGGACAGGAUCUCCCGGUUGCCACCCACUUCAACUCUGCUUCCCAUUCCCAUUCAGAUAUGUCCAUACAUGGCCUCCUCGACUGCCAUGAUGAGGCUAAACUCAGGUUGAAGAAGCAACACCUCAUAUACCGUCUAGGUAGUCUCCAGCCCCUUGGUAUGAACAUAGAAUUCUCCAACUUCUGGUAAUUCCCUCCCCCUCCCUUCCUCUAUCCCUAUUUCACUCUGCCCCCUCCCCCAGCUGCCUACCACCUCCCUCAUGGUUCCGCCCUCUUCUUCUACUACCCAUUGUUUUCCUGCCUAUGACAUCCCUACUUCCCCUCCCCUACCCCUUUGUCUUUCAAAUUACUAGUUUUUCAACUGAAACUACGAGCCUUCCUCUAACCCUCCCCCACCUUCUUUCUUCAGUCCUGAUGAAGGGUUCCGGCCCGAAACGUCGACUCAUCGUUUCCAAUGAUGCUGCCCGACAUGCCGACAUUCCUCCAGCGUAUUGUGAGUGAUCCUUCACAAUCGAUUCCAACAUCUUCCCAACCACUGAUGUCAGACUAACAGGCCUAUAAUUUCCUUUCUUCUGCCUCUCUCCCUUCUUGAAAAGUGGAGUGACAUUUGUAAUUUUUCAUUCCAUUCAGAACUAUGCCAAUCAAUUGAUUCUUGAAAGAUCAUUACUAAUACCCCCACCAUCCCUUCAGCCACAUCUUUCUGAACCCUAGGGUGUAGAUCAUUUACUACAGGUGAUUUAUCGACCCUCAGACCUUUCAGUUUCCCAAGAAUCUUCUUCCUAGUAAUGGCAACUUCACUCACUUCUGCUCCCUGACACUCAUGAACUUCUGGCAUACUUCUAGUGUCUUCCAUAGUGAAGACUGAUGCAAAAUACUUAUUCAGUUCAUCUGCCAUUUCCUUAUCCCACCUUAUUACCUCUCCAGUAUCAUUUUCCAUCAGUACAAUAUCCACUCUCACCUCUCUUUUACAUUUUAAGCAUCUGAAGAAAAUUUUGUUAUCCUCUUUAAGGCUAGCUUACCUUCAUAUUCCAUCUUUUCAUUCUUAAUAAGUUUUUGAUUGCCUUCUGUGGGUUUUUAAAAGCUUUGCAAUCUAACUUCCCACUAAUUUUUGCUUUAUUAUAUGCUCUCUCUUUGGCUUUUAUGUUGGUUUUGACUUCUCUUUUUAGACAUGGUUGUGUCAUCUUUCCUUUCAAAUAUAUUUUCCUCUUUGGGAUGUAUAUAUCCUGCACCUUUCAAAUUGCUUCCAGAAAUUCCAGGCAUUGCUGCUCUGCUGUCAUUCCAGCCAGCGUUCCUUUCCAAUCAAUUUUGGCCAGCUCCUCUCUCAUGCCUCUGUAAUUCCCUUUACUCCACUGUAAUACUUAUACAUCUGACUUCAGCUUCUUCUUCUCAAAUUGCAGGGUGAAUUUUAUCAUAUUAUGAUCACUUUCCCCUAAGGGGUCCUUAAGCUGUCUAAUUAUUUCUGGUUCAUUCCACAGUACCCAAUCCAGAAUAGCUGAUCCCCUAGUGGCCUUAACCGUGAGCUGCCCUAAAAAGCCAUCCCGUAGGCAUUGUAGAAAUUCCCUCUUUGGGAACCAGCACCAACCUGAUUUUCCCAAUCUACCUACAUAUUGAAAUCCCCCAUGACUAUUGUAACAUUGUCCUUUUGGCAUGCAUUUUCAUUCUCCCAUGGUAAUUUGUAGGCCACAUCCUUACUAUUGUUUAGGAGGUCUGUAUACACCUCCCAUCAGGAUUGUUUUACCCUUUCAGUUCCUUAGCUCUACCCACAACGAUUCAACAAAUUCUGACUCUAUGUCACCUCUUUCUAAUGAUUUGAUUUCAAUUUUUUUUUACCAACAAAGCCAUGCCACCCCCUGUGCCUUCCUGCCUGUCCUUUUGAUACAAUGUGUAUGUUUGGACAUUAAUCUCCCAGCUAUAAUCUUCGUUUAGUGUUGGCGCGUGGACAAGUGGUUAAGGUCUAGUGAUCUGAAGGUUGCUAGUUCGAGCCUCAGCUGAGGCAGCGUGUUGUGUCCUUGAGCAAAGCACUUAACCACGCAUGGCUCUGCGACGACACCGGUGCCAAGCUGCAUCGGCCCUAGUUCCCUUCCCUUGGACAACAUCGGUGGCGUGGAGAGGGGAGACUUGCAGCAUGGGCAACUGCCGAUCUUCCAUAUAACCUUGCCCAGGCCUGCGCACUGAAAACCUUCCAAGGCGCAAAUCCAUGGUCUCACAAGACUAACGGAUGCCUAUAAUCUUAUUUUAGCCACGAUUCUAUGAUGCCCACAACAUCAUACAUACCGAUCUGUUUUGUGGCUCCCUGUAAGGAGAUGAAUCUCAAGGGUGUAUAUAGUAUACAUAUUUUCAGAAUAAAUGCACUUUGAACUUUGAACUUUUGAUUUGGAUGCACAAGUGUAAACAUUGAUAACAGUGUGCUCCUGUUGAGUGGGCCUCUAAACAUGAGCAACAUGCCAGCAGUUUUGGUAAAGUAUUGAGUAUUAAAUCCGAUCCAUUCUUUCAACGUCAAGUCAGCACAUCAACCAGUUAAGCCCAGUGCUGUUGCCUGGAUAAAUACAGUGCCUUUAACUAAUUAAACACAAUAUUACUAACUGGUUAAACCCAGUGCUGUCACCUGGAUAAACCCCGUGCCUCUUACCAGUUAAGCCUGGUGUCGCUAGCCUGUUAAACCCAAUGAUGCUAACCGGUUACAUCCAAUGCUGUCAUCCAGAUAAAUUCAGUGUCUUUAAACUGUUUGCAGCAUUGCAACUCAAUGCUGCAAACCGAAUCCUGCUAACUGGUUAAACCCAGUGCUGUCACUCAAAUAAACUCAGUGUCUCUAACUACUUAAACCUAAAUCUGCAGACUGAUUAGACCCAAUGCCUCUAACCAGUUAAGCCCAAUGCCUCUAACUAGUUAAACACAAUACUGCCUACUGGUUAAACACAAUGCUGCUAACUGGUUAAGUCCAACCCUGCCAAUCACUAUUGUUCAGGCACUUUACAUGUGGAAAAAGGUCUAAAGUUGUGUCCUGUGAGCAGUUCCCAGCAACACUCACCAUAACUGUUCCUUCCCCAACUAGUCAAGAACCUACCAACCUCCGCCUCAAAUACACUCAAUGACCUGAAUCCACAGAUCCAUCACCCUCUGGCUAAAGAAAUUCUUCCUCAUCUCCUUUCUAAAUGGUUGUCCCUCUAUUCUGAGGCUGUGCCCUCUGAUGCUAGAUUCACCCACUAUAGGAAACAUCCUCUCCACAGCCACUCUAUCUAGGUCAGGGAUGGCCAACCUAUGGCGCAAGUGCCAAAAGUGGCGCAUUGGAUGAUUAGAAGUGGCACAUUGCACCCCAGUGAUAAUAAUAAAAAAGUAAGCCUUCUCAUGCAAAAAGUAUUAACCAAAAACCGAUCUGUAGAACAAAAAAUCUAUAACAGGAAUUCAAGUAGCUUAGAGCUAGAAAUGGGUUUUACUGAGAAUAAAUCUAAA